AGCGCCCCGCCCAUGACUUCCAUUUCUGUUCUGGAUCACACGGCGCAAAGCGAAUAAUACACAUUUGGGGUUUUUUUUUUUCUUCCCCCUGAAUAAUAUUGAUGUGACUGAUAAUUAUAGCGAACACGAGUCCUUCCUGGUCACAGCACGGAAGAUAGUUGAAUUGGUCUAGCGAGUAGCAGUGAGUUAUUUCUUGUAAGCGGAAAAGGUUUGAACCUUUUGUGAAGGAAACGGGCCUCUUUAUUCCUCUUUUUAACUUUAGCGGGGUAUUUUCCGCCGUUUUUUCCCCCUCCACCUUCUGCCCCUCGCGCUCUCCAGCGGUGUGAGUAGAAGCACGAGGCGCGCGCGGAGCGGCGGGAAUCGGCCCGAUGGCGGAGUUCGGUAAUGGAUUGGCGGAGGAAUCUCUGCUCGACUCAGACCCCGGUCACCCAGAGCUGGAAGAUCCGGGUGUUGGUGACGAAGAACCGGGUUUAGAUGAGGGAGAGGCCGCUAUUGAAGACCCGGAGCUGGAGGCCAUUAAAGCCCGGGUGAGAGAGAUGGAGGAGGAAGCAGAGAAACUGAAGGAGCUCCAGAACGAAGUGGAGAAACAGAUGAACCUUAGUCCUCCUCCUGCUGGUCCUGUCAUCAUGUCCAUUGAAGAGAAGAUCGAAGCAGAUGGAAGAUCAAUUUAUGUUGGAAAUGUGGAUUAUGGAGCAACAGCCGAGGAGCUUGAAGCUCAUUUUCACGGCUGUGGCUCUGUUAACAGAGUCACUAUCCUGUGUGACAAAUUCACAGGACACCCGAAAGGGUUUGCAUAUAUUGAGUUUGCAGACAAGGAAUCUGUUAGAACAGCAAUGGCACUGGAUGAGUCCUUAUUCCGAGGAAGGCAGAUAAAGGUUGGGGCUAAGAGAACGAACCGACCCGGUAUCAGCACCACAGACCGCGGGUUUCCACGGGCCCGAUUCCGCUCACGUGGAGGAAGUUUCUCGUCUCGGGCUCGGUAUUACAGCGGAUACACACCACCCAGAGGAAGAGGACGGGCCUUCAGGGGCCGAGGGCGAUCAACAUCGUGGUAUUCCCCUUACUAAUAACUCCCCACUGUCAUUUCCCCUUUUUACUGUCAUCCCUCCUUUCCCUGUUUAAAAAAAAAAAGAAAAGAAAAUAACCCCUCAAUAAAAGAAGAAAAAAAGAAGAAAAAAAGACAAAAAAUACACAAAGAGGGAGAAAAUAGAAAAGAAAAGAGCAUCUUCCGGACAGACUGACUUGACUGACUGGUGUGUGUGUGCGCGCGUGAGUGUUGCAGUCACCCCGGUAAGGUACUGAGAUUUUGGGGCGGUUCUUGGUUGGCAUUUGUGAAAUGUUUAGAGAAGAUGGUGUGAUCUCAGGCUGCAGAUGUGUCUCCUUUGGUCUGGCUGUGAGUUCCUCACACAACACAAGGAGCAAACAGUUUUUUUCCCUCCUUUUCUUCUAUUGUACCUUGAAGAUGUGUGUGAAAUUCCCCAAAAGUGAUGACGCUGUAUGUUUAAGUAGAUAUGAGGUUUCUAGUUGUUGGUUUUUUUUUUUGUUUGUUUGUUUUUUUUUGAACUGUUAACGUUCAUCCAUCCUCCAUUUAAAAAAAAAAAAAAAAAAAAAAAAAAUGUUGAUUUCUUUCUCUUGUUUGUUUCUCAUGCUUACCUGCAUUCUUCCUCUUUCUGACACAGCUUGCAGUUCAGUUCAGGGUGUUUAACAUGUUUUUUUAUUUUCCCCAUAGUGUUCAAUUUCAUGAGACUUUUUUUUUUUUUUUCCCCCCUGAUUUAUUACCCAGCCAUUCUUUGCAUUUUCAUUAGUUUCUUCCCUAUUGACUCAUGGUGUUUGGCUCUUUGAGUAUUUAACGCUGACACUGAAGCUUUCAAUUGUAAAAACAACAAAAAAAAAAAAUCUUCUGCCUCCUUUGUCCACCAUCUUCACCUCUGUUUUGUUUCCUUUCUUUCAACUUCCCUCUGUCUUUACUAGGCUAUGCCCACUAAUGACUCAAAGCCAUUGAAUGAAAUUGAGACCAUUUUCUGUUUCCUGCUUUCUGAUUUCUUCCCCAAACUUGCCUUAUCGCCACUUCAGUUUGCAUCUUUCUCUUUCUUUCUCUACAUAUGCGCUCUGCCACUUCCAACCACUUACAUAUAUUUCGGCUAAUCACCCCUAACCGCCCCCAAACCGUCCCCGUGCUUUCCGUUCCUUUUCUGAGCCGUCCUUGUCUGGUUCAUUCUCUCUUCUCUUUUUCUUUUCUUCCCCCUCUCUCUCUCUGUGUACUAGACCACUUCUUGUCGUUUCAGGUUUCAGGACCAGUGGAGGCUGAGUACUCCUCCUCCCCCUGUGGCUGCAGCGCCCCCUACAGUCUCACCAUCGUCUCUUUCUCUCUCUGCUCCCUCUAUCCCUCUAUCCACACUCAUGUGGGGGGGUGGGGGUGGGGCACAGGGUGAUCCCCGGCCCAUUUACUACAACAACAAACGUUGAACACGCUCACUAACACACACACACACACACACACACAUAUACACACACGCACCCACACACCCUACCACCACCACAUAUUUAUAUAGCGUGAGCAAAGCAGCUGGUUAAAAUGGGAGAGAAUGAGACGGUGAGGACAAGAACAGGUUAAAGGUUAAAAGGGAGGGAUGCAUUUCUAGAGCGCUAGAGGACUGAUCCUGGGAAUUUAAGGCUAUUUAAGAAAGAAAGGAGCAAAGCUUUUAUUUGUUGGGAGGGAGGGGGUUGUGUGAGGAGGUUUUUUUCCCUUGGGGGUUUUUUGUUUUGUUUUUUGUUUUGAGACGGGGAAGUGGGUUUGGGGGGAGGGGGGGGACGUUUGGCUUUUUUUUAUUUUUUAACCCAUGAGUCUGUAAUUAGAAAAAAAAAAUAAAAGAUUGUAAAAAUGAAAUGGGGUUGUCGUGUUUUUUGUUUUGUUUUUUUUCUCCCUUACAAAAAAGUUUUUCUGGGUGACAAAUGUCUAAAGAAACGUCACUGCAUGAUUUAAGAUCUUCCAUCCAUCCAUUUUCAAUCGCUUACUCCUUUUCAGGGCCACGGGGGAACCUGGAGCCUAUCACAGGAAGCAUCUGGCACCAGGCGGGGUACACCCCGGACAGGGUGCCAGUGAUUUAAGAUCUUAAAGAUUUUAAAUUUAAGAUUGUUUUAAAUCAACAUGACAUGUUUAUAGUAGCGGCCUUUACUCCGUACCCAGAUUGCACAUUGUGAUAUGUUAAGUAUUGGAUCAUGAAUUUAUUUAUAAUGCAAUGGAAUCAUGAUGUGGCUGUAAUUUUCAUUAUAAGAGGUCAUCUAAUUAGCAUGUGGAAACACUUUGAUUCCCUUAUUGAUAUGAAUUCUUUCCCAAUGAAGGCAGUAUCUGGACAGUGAGAUACUCCAUAGCAAUUGCUACUUUAGAGCUUUCUGCCAAACCAUCCCUUAGUUUGUGAUCACCAUAAAUACUUUCUCAUUAGUCAAGCUUUCAUCCACUUUUUGUGCUAUUCUUUUAUUGACAAUGUGGGGGGGGGAUGUUUGCGAAAUUUGUUGUCCUGCCUUUUGGCCCUUUAAUGAUUAAAAUGGUGGUGGGGGGAUUUCAUAACGUUUUUAAAAUUGUCACAUACAUUUUGGUGUAUCACAAGAAAUCUGCCCUUGAGCUGUUUCAGUACAUAAUGUUGUAUAUGUUGCAAAUUGUAUUCCUUUUGUGUCCUACAUGUCCUCAGAUCUUUGUAAAAUGGAGGGAGUAUAGAGACGAUUUAAUUGAAUGGGCCAGGUUACGUUUCACGAAUAAUGGCGAUUGUAUGAUAUAAGAUGACCUCAGAAUGGAGCAGUUGUUCAUCUGAUAGCGCUCCAAGGAACUGCCUGUAUGCACGAAGCCCAUGGGUCUGGAAGAGACCACACAAUGGGGCAUUCUGGGAGGUAAUUCUGAAGCCAGGACCCCUAAUCAGGUUUGGAAAAUCUAUUUUGAAGCCCGUAAGGCCCUCCUGAUUGUUGUUUAUUUGUUCAUUAAUAUGUAUUGAAGUCAGUAGACCUGCACAAUAGGGGGAAAAUAAACCUGUCCACAUUGC